AUGGCUCAAGGAAAGAGUAUGGUCGAUGACAAAUCCCUUAUAUAUGAAGAAAAGAAAAUGGAGACCGAGUACUCUGCUUUCGCGAAACUCCUGCCCACAUACGAUGGGAACAGGAGAACAUUAGCAUUUUAUAUAGAAAACGUAGAAAACGCAUUAUCACUCAUUCAUAAUGCCGAUGACUUAAGCAUUUCUUGUUUAAUUAGAAAUAAAUUAAAAGGUAAAGCUGCUGAAGCACUUUCUGAAAAACCAGGCACAACAUCCUGGGUAGAAGUCAAACAAGUACUUUUAAGAAAAUUUGGUGAAUUUAGAACGACAACUCAGCUUGUACACGCAUUAACGCAUGUCACAAGAGAUAACAGCUCAUUAGAAGCUUUUGGUGAUAGAAUUAGGGUACUAAUGAGCGCACUAAUCACAGCAGAGCCAGAUAAACAAACCCACUAUGAACAAAUUGCAUUAGAGACGUUCCUUAACAGUUUAAACCCUAUAACGUCCCUAUCAAUAAAAAUUAAACACGUAGAGAACUUAGAUCAGGCCGUCAUAUUAGCCAAACAGGAGGAAGUAGACCUCAGAGCUAGACGACUUCAAUUUAAUAAAACUAAUCCCGUUAAAACAACGUCCAAAAAUAAAUUCAAUAAUAAACCAGGAAUAUAA